AAAAAAAAAAUCUAAAAGGAAAAAGUCAAUCCCCUCCCAAAUCCAGCGACCACCGCGAGCAGCCGCCAUGCCCCCGCCUCCCCCGGAGCUCCCGGCCGAGCUCGUCGAGGAAAUCUUCCUCCGCCUUCCGCCGGACGACCCCGGGUGCCUCUUCCGCGCCUCCCUCGUCAGCGAGUCCUGGCUCCGUCGCCUCGCUGGUCCCGCCUUCCGCCGCCGCUACUGCGAGUUCCACCGGACGCCGCCCAUGCUCGGCUUCCUCACCAGCGGCCAAGCCGGAGAGGAUCUCAUGAACAACACCCACUUCGUCCCGACGGUAAAGCUCUGUCCGCCCGGUCCUGGCCACAAGUACCUGCAAGCACUCGACGCCCGCCACAGCCGCAUCCUCUUCCUGACGGAUCCUGAGGACUCCAUCCGCGUCCCCCGGGAAUUAAUCAUCUGGGACCCAAUCACGCUCGAGGAGUGGACAAUUCCGGAUCCUGGUCUCUCGAGCUGGGCCGCUGUGCUGUGUGCCAAGGAGGGGUGCGACCACCUUGACUGCCAUGGCCAUCCAUUUCUAGUGGCCUGCGUGUCCCUCGGAGACGAAGAGUUUAGCUGCUCUGCCAUCCUGUACUCAUCGGAGACGGACUCCUGGAGCGACGAGACUUCUGUUGACCACGAUGAAGAGCACCUGACUUGUUACACCUACGUAGAUUAUAUGCCACCCAACGUCCUUGUGGGGAACACGCUCUAUUUUGACUGUCAUCCUUUCCGCAUAAUAAUACAGUAUGACUUGGCGGACCGGGAAUUGUCGCUGAUCGACACGCCAGAUGUGCAAGACUCUGUUGAUGGCCAGCUGACAGUGGAGAACGACGUACUGGGAUUCGCCAAAAUAAAGGAGUCCAGCAUAUACCUUUGGUUGAGGGAAGUUGAUGAGCAUGGAGCCGCGGCAUGGGUGCAACUCAGAGUCAUCAAGCUCGAGAAGAUGUUCUCCUCUGGUGCCUUGUCAACCAAACCCACCAUGUAUGCUUUCGCGGAGGGAGUCGGUGUCAUUUUCUUAUGGGGAAAAGUCGGCCUCUUCAUGAUUGACCUUAAGUCAGGCCGAGCCAAGAAAGUGUGCUACCAGGGUAAAAGCAGCAUUUCUAUCAUUCCCUAUAUGAGCUUCUACACUCCAGGACAUGAUUGGGGCAUAAUGCCGCUGCCUCCAGGACCUCCUGCGAUUGAUGAAAGUUGACGCACUUUGGCCCCUGAGGAGGUCAGUCAGUUUAUGGCAAAAUUCGAGGUGCCAUUGCAUUGCAAUGGCUUCCGACCAAGCCGGAAUUACAUGGGUAAUGGUGAUGCGCAAUAUGUGAAUUUGCUGCUGCGUUUUAGGUAUUACCCUUCAGGCAUAAUUUGUGGAACAAUGUGCACUUGGGGUUUAUUUGUUCUACCUGUGGUUUGUUAGUAACAUGCAGGUGCUCGUUUAUAUCUUCCGCACAAUAUAUAUACACUUAUCUAUUAUUGGUUCCAUGUCUG